AAACUGCCAAGCAAGUUCAAGAAGUUCUAUGCGGAGUUUGAAAGUUUAAUGGAUCCUUCGAGAAACCACAGGGCCUACAGGCUGACAGUAGCUAAGCUGGAGCCACCUCUCAUCCCCUUCAUGCCUUUGCUCAUUAAAGAUAUGACAUUUACUCAUGAGGGAAACAAGACGUUCACUGACAAUCUAGUAAACUUUGAAAAAAUGCGCAUGAUUGCAAAUACUGCCAGAACGGUGAGAUACUACAGGAGCCAACCCUUCAACCCUGAUGCAGCUCAAGCUAAUAAGAACCAUCAGGAUGUCCGCAGUUAUGUACGGCAAUUAAAUGUGAUUGACAACCAGAGAACUUUAUCACAGAUGUCACACAGAUUAGAGCCUCGUCGGCCAUAGACAUUUAAAGUACCCAGAGCAAUGGUUUGUCUCCAGUCCACAAUCUUUCAAAAAUGCCAUUUAUGCUACUAGUGACUGUAUUGCCACUAGAGAAUUCUACAAAACAAGCAAAAACACAUCCUGAGACACCUCAGGGCUGCAUUCAGCUUACCAGCUACAUGACAAAGAAGAAAUUAUUUGACUUGCAUAAAGCUUACACACUCUAGCUUAGGACUCCCCAGUUUGUGGUCACCCUGUUUAAUUUCCAGUUGAGCCAUCUUCUUUGCCAAUACAUUAAAUAAGGCCCACAUGAAGAGUUUGGUAGAAAUACCAUUCUCAAGAGAACUGUCAAGUUCCAGAAAUUUUUUCCUAAGAGUGUUGACAGGAUGAGAUGUGCUACAAGUGGAAUUGCUUUGGAUAUAUUGGUGGUGAUAUAGUUUCAUGAUUUUUAACUCAACACCUUGACUUGGAGCAUCGGAUUUUGGGAAGGUGUUGAGGAAUCCGUAUAAGUCCAAAUAAUAAGUUGUAUUCUUCCAUCUUCAUAAUCUUACCUCUGAAAGAAUAGAACCUGACCACAUUACUAUAAAACAUUAUGGCUGUUUUUGUAAUUGAGGGAGGACUGGUCUGUAAUUUCUGAAUGAUAUAUAGAAUAAUAUUUAUGUUUACAAUGUAUCUUUUUAAAAUUUGCAAAUCAGGAUUACAUACAUAAGAAUUCCACUAAGAAAAACCACAUUCUUAAAACCGCCAGUGUUAAGAUAAAAAAUAACAUUUCAGAAGAGCACAAUAUGCACAAAACACUUUUCAAAAUUGGAAUAUUUUCCUGGGCAUUAAAAACGUUUACUAUUGGCCACAAAUUUAUUAUUACUGAUUAAAAAAAAGAAAAACAUAUUUUCUGGACUUAAAUAUUAUUACAAAUAUCUUAAUUUUCAGCAAUUGUUUUGCACUUUCAAAUAGAUUGUAAAUAGUUCAUUCAAUUGAUGGUAUAGAGUUAUUUAUUUGCUACAUAAUAGAUAUUGUGCCAAAUAAUUACUUUUUAUUUAUUUUAUUUAGUAUGUAAUUUUGGAGUACAUUUUUUCCUGUUUUAACAAUUGGACUACAUUUAAUGUGUAGGAAUUGUAUGUAUGUAUAUCUUCUGUAAAUAACAUCUAGUACCUUCAUUAAAUAUAAUUGUGACAAGAAA